GACGUCAGCGCUGCAGUGAAAAUGGCGGCUCCGGGAGCAGGAGCUCCGGCUCGUCUGGUCCAGUACGUUGUUGUCCGAUCAGACCUUGUUCAUUCGCUGUCGUGGCCCCUGGGAGCGGUCAUUACGCAGGCCUGUCAUGCGGCUACUGCAGCCAUCCAUCUGCACUACACGGACCCGGACACACAGCGCUACCUGCAGGAGCUGGACUCUAUGCACAAAGUGGUACUGGGGGCUCCAGAUGAGGCGGCCCUGUCUGGACUCUCUCAGACUCUGACUCAAGCUGGAGUGUUGCAUAAACUGUGGAUCGAGCAGCCAGAGAACAUCCCCACCUGUUUGGCUCUAAAGCCCUAUCCCAAAGACACUGUCCAUCCACUGCUGAAGAAGUUCAAACUGUUCAAAUAAGUGAACUGACUCUUGAAUGGAGGGACAAUGAAAACAUAUCAAUAACAGGAACCAAGGCAAAUGAAAGACAUAUUAUAUUACUUACGCUAUAGUGCAUGUCCUUGAAGAAUGCACUGGAGAAUGCCAUAUUAUGACAUUCUUGUGAUUAGUUGAGGAAUCCCCUGCUCUUUGACUUAAAAUUACUCUUAUUUUAGUAACAUGUGAGCUUGUGACUGUAAAUUACUAAAUUAAACAAUACAUUGUUACUUCCUACCUUUUACUGCAUUUGAAAGGCGUUGGUGAUGCUCAACAUUUUCCUCAUACUUGGGCAUAAAGAUCAACAAAGUGUCCUUGAACAAUACGCUUUCCCAUUUUUGUGCAUACCUCAAGGCCAGUUUUAUGCCCUUAAGACCGGUCAAACCUCUCUGCUGUGCAAUGUUCCUGAGUACAACCAACUGUGAGCUGUAAACCAUAAUUGCAACUGAAACUGGCU